GCGUUUGCCUUCCUUUGCCUUGGCCAAGUGCAUUUCUUUUUCUUUUGUCUUAUUAUUUCAUAAUUCGUGGUUCCGUAAUCUAUCAUUAAAAUAUAGAAAGAUUUGUGGAAUUGCAGUGAAAAAAUCGCAUAUUAUAUCGGAUAACUAAUAGAAAAUGGCCGAGUCAGAAGUAGGGGAUUUGUAUAUCACUAUAGAUGAUAUUAUUCCCAAAAGUCCAGAAAGACUGGCCGAAGAAAAAAAAGAGAGUGGCAAUCAUUUCUACAAGAUAAAAAAUUAUAAGGAUGCAUUGAUCAAGUAUGAAGAGGCAAUAAAGUUAUGUCCAGAAAAUGCUGCUUAUUACGGCAACAGAGCAGCUUGUUACAUGAUGCUUGCGAUGUAUAAGAAGGCUCUUGAAGAUGCACAGAAAGCUGUUGCCCUUGAUCCCACAUACACCAAAGGUUACAUACGGAUGACAAAAUGUUACAUUGCUUUGGGUGAUAUAUCGGGCGCUGAACAAGCCAUUAAGAAGGCGAGCGAGCUCGGCGGUGCGGACUGUACCGCCAACGAGCGCAGUGCUCUGGCCUCAUUGCAGCGGCUGCACGAUGACGCCCUACGCGCCAUGGCCGCCCAAGACUAUCGCCGCGUUGUCUUCUGCAUGGACAGAUGCCUCGAAUACAGUCCCUCGUGUUCUAAAACAAAACUCACAAAAGCUGAAUGCUUGGCUAUGCUUGGACGAUGUCAAGAGUCACAGGAGAUUGCCAACGAUUGCCUACGUUUCGACAGUUUUGACACUGAAGCCCUUUAUGUGAGAGGACUGUGCCUAUAUUUCGAGGACAAAGAUGAACAAGCUUUCAAGCAUUUUCAACAAGUGCUACGUCUUUCGCCGGAUCAUAAAAAAGCCAUUGCAGCAUACAAGAAGGCUAAAUUGUUGAAACAAAAGAAAGAAGAAGGUAACGAAGCCUUUAAAAUGGGCAGAUGGCAAGAGGCCUUGAAUCUUUACAACGAGGCAUUAACUAUUGACAAAACCAACAAGAAAGUGAAUGCUAAACUGUACUUCAACAAGGCAACAGUGUGUUCAAAGUUAAAUCAAACCAAACAAGCUGCCGAGGCUUGCACAGCCGCACUAGAACUAGAUGAAAACUAUGUCAAGGCCUUGCUCAGACGAGCAAAGUGUUACACUGAACUCGAACAGUACGAGGACGCUGUCAAAGAUUAUGAAAAGCUUUACAAAAUUGACAAGAGCAAAGAAAACAAGCAAUUGCUGCACGAGGCCAAAAUAACACUUAAAAAAUCCAAACGCAAAGACUAUUACAAAAUUCUCGGUCUCGAUAAGACUGCAUCUGACGAUGACAUUAAAAAGGCUUACAGGAAGCGCGCGCUGGUGCACCACCCGGACCGGCACGCGGACGCGUCGGACGUAGAGCGGCGCGAGCAGGAGCGCCGCUUCAAGGAGGUGGGCGAGGCGUACGGGGUGCUCAGCGACCCCAAGAAGCGCGUGCGCUACGACCGCGGGCAGGACGUCGACGAGGACGGCGCCGGCAUGUCCGAUAUGAAUCCCAACAUGGCGUUCCAGACAUACUUUAAUCAUCAAAACUUUGACUUCUGUUCUGGCAAUACAUUCCCUGAGUCCGCGUUCAGCUUCCAGUUCGGAUAAACAUUUCACAAUAAAUGAACUAAAUCUAUGAAUCUAACAAACAAAUAAAAAUAGAUCUACAUCUCCAAAUUUGUCAUUCCAUGUUUAUUGAAAAUAAGAUUGUACACGUCAAACUGAUUAAUAGAAAAAAUAUUGACUUUGAAAAUACCAAAAUAAACCAAAAAUAAACGUAGAUUUUUUUUCCUUACGCCUUACCUAAUGAAUUAAUAUUAUAUAGCUUCGAUUAUAGCUAUUACAUAGCGAAUAUAACGAGUACUUUUACGCACGCUAGACAUUUUUUUUCUAGACUGAUUUAAUAAAUUAAAUAGUUUUAAUAAAAUUGUAAAUUAAAAUUAUUACGAUGAUUAAUUCAAACUGUUAUUAGGAUAUAAACAGUUUGCAAUAGGAGACAUUCGCCAAAUACUUUUUAUAAAUGGUUGUGGAACUAUCCAUCAGAUCACAGUAAGUACAUACUGAUUUUUUAAAUUGAUUAAUAGUCCAGUCAUUAUAGUAACUUCACUUCGGAAUUCGAGAUACCCAAAUAUCUCAUUUCCUAUGGGUUUUUUGCUAUUUGUAUUUAUUAUCAAUAUUGUAUUGUAAUUGUAUUGUAUUGUAAUAUAUUUUGUUUAUAUUUUUUUUAUACGGUGAAUCGUUUUCGUGACAGGGCGGAGAGACUUAAAUGACUGGACUAUAAAUUAUUGAAAUAAUAUAAGUAAUAAUAUUCGUUAUUUUAAUAAAAGUUUUAAAACACAUAUCUCACACAUCAACACACUCACACAAACUAAGUAACACAUGUUUUGCUUAUAUUGCUAUUUUGUUUUUAAUAUAGCUACUAGUUUUGUUAGGAUAUUUUUAUAAUUAUUACAAAAAUUGAUUAAUUGAAAAAAGAGUGAUUUUGAUUAUGAUUUUGUAUUUAAAUAAAUGUUCUCUUGCAAAAUUACUCUGCUAUGCUAUGACAUUUAUCCGCAAAACACUAUCGUCAGAUACUGCGUUAUGUGGUAGCACUCAUAAGGGUUCAUUUACACGAGCGUCAACUGCUACCGACGACCGCAGUCGACUGCAGUCGGCGGCGGUCGCUGCCGUCAGCCACUUCUCGGCGGCAGCCAACAGCAGUCGGCGACCACCGUCGCCUGCCGCCGACUGCAGUCGACUGUCAUAAUACACAUAGGUACCACAUAACUAAAUCAGAUCCUCACACUUGGUUACCAAAUAUACUGUCAAUUGAAUAUUUUUUUAAGACUUGAAAAUACUGAGAAAUGCAUUACCAGUAAUAAUGUAUCUUUACAGUUAUGGAACUAAAACAAUGGGCUGUAUUUUCAAAACUAAUGUACCUACGAGUAUCUCAGAUACUGUGUUUUGUCAUGGUAUGGCAGAUAUGUUUUAUAUAUAUAUAAUGUAGAAAAAAUAGCAUCUAAAUGGCAUUAGUAAAGAUAUAAAAAAUGGUGCCACUAUUUAAUAAUCAUUAUUGGUGGCCUAUUCAAAAUGCGUGAUCAUUAUUAUUAGAUUAAGAAUUUAGGUGUAAAUCAUAGAAAUUAGUGUUCCAUACUGAUGGCCAAAAGCGUUGUAACCAUAGACAAAUGUACUUUGUAGAACCGGAGUUUGUGUUUACACAAUAUAUAAAAUGUGAAUGAAUCAAGAAUGAGUAGACUACUAAUACUAACGAGUACACUUCCUUAAUAUAAUUAACCUACCUAUACUCGAAAUUUACUUAGAUGACUUUUUAACACAACAAUAAUGGCCGACUAUGAAUCAAAGACAAUCAGUAGGGUUGAGAAGUUAACGGCGGGCAUCGGAACGAUAUCAAGUAGGUAUCGUUAUAACUGAAAUACCUAAACUAAAACAUCCGUUACUAUACAACGUUAUCUUAAAAGGGAACGUAUACUAACGUUUGUCGGUUGUGUGCAUUUUAAGAAAUUAAAUAUCACGUGUCACAAACGGUGAACGGUGCACGGUUUAUGCCUAUGGGUACGCGUGGUUAAGAAAUGGGGUAAUCUUUUUUUAUUAUUAUUAUAAAUAUACUUAAACAAUACACAUCACUAUCUAGCCCCAAAGUAAGCAUACAGAGUAGCUUGUGUUAUGGGUGCUAAGAUAGUUGAUAUUAUAGUAUUAAUAUACAAUUAUAUACUACAUAUAAAUACUUAUAUACACUCAUGUUCAUCACACAAAUAUUUUCCAGUUGUGGGAAUCGAACCCACAGCCGUGGAUGCAAAAAGCAGGGUCACUACCCACUGCGUCACGCGGCCGUCUCUUUCUUUAAUCUUUUGGGGACGUACUAACGUCCAAGAUUUGCUUAUACUUCAAAAAAGUGUGCACGUAUCCACGUACAUACUGGGUGUAAGGGACAUGAUACCGAAAACUGCGUGAAGAGGUUAAAUUUAGUUUCCACAACGAUAUUUUAAAUAACAAUUACGUGGGAAAUGAGAAAAUUCAGAUUUUGAAAAUUUUGAGCACGCAAUGUACAGCGAACAAUGCGAUAACAACGCUCCGCAAUCUACUGUGUACGUACGAGUAGGUACGUACGCAUCGACAGCAAAUCGGCUGGCUACACUUACCUAUCUAAUACCUAUUUUUUAUACUUUACAAGUUUUUAACUAGGUACAGGUAAUUAACUUACUUCAGGUUGUUUCUCGUUUACGAGACGUUCUGUCGUCAUAGUAGGUACAAUAUUCAUGAGUACUGAAUUGAUUUGAUCUAAGCAUUUCAAGACUUCUCAGUCAACACACACAAACACACACAAUACAAACGACACAAUUGUAUGAGUAUUCGUUACAGAAAAUCACUACUAACAUAACAUAGAACAUACACAAAGGUUUUUGAAUUUUGGUUUGUUUGUCAACAGACCGCCGAACACGAACUAAAGAAAAAAUAGCGUAGCGUCUAGCGAAAGGACCUAAAGUUUCAAUAUUUUGAAAAUACCUAUUAACCACGCCACGCAGCUUAGGUUAGAGAGAGAUAGCAAUUAUUUUCCUCGGCACCGGCGGCGGUCGGCAAUACAACGUCGCGCAGUUUGUUUGUGACUUUGUAUAGAUAGAUACCUAUUAGUCGUGACCUGCCUAUUUGACCUCUUGGAAAACAGCUGAUCGCGCGCAUUUUGCAAAUUAAAUUUACAUUGCUAGUUUUUGUUAAAAUCUUGAUUUGACGAUUUUUAUUAAAAAUCGUAUUGAGAUAAUGUUAUCCAUACCAGUGUUUGAAUAAUGCUACUAUUCGUAAGAUAUCUUUUACGCUAUAGAAUAACGUGAGCAUAUGUAUUGUAUAACAUUUUUAUUAAAAAACUAUUUUUUAAAAUAAAAUGAUUAUAAAAUAUUUCAUUUUCCCAUCUUUAAACUAACAACAUAUCAAUUAUUAAAGAAUCAUUCAUUAUCAUUUAUCGAUAAGUUAACGCUCGAUGUUAUUUACCCAUCCUUGCUUUUCAUAGACAAUCUAGCGUUACGAAAUGUCAAAUUGCCGUAAUCGUAGUUAAGCUGUGCAAAUUAAUCUCGUUGUGAUUUUGUUUUUCAGAAAAUAAAUGUGAAUAAAUCGUAAAUUCGGUGUAGUUUUUGGUGUAAUUCGUACUGUACGCGUAUAAUAAAGGAUUUAGACACUUUGUUCUUUAGAAAUAACGUAUAACGUAAGUGAAAUAUGUGAUUUUAGUGACAAGACGGGUUUGUUUUGGUGAUUAGACUUCUAAGAAAAUUUUUGGUAUAAGUAAUAUAAGAUAGCCAUAGCAAACUGAUAGCUAAUUAUUUUAGAACGCAAGAUUUAUAGGUAAACAAGAGAUAAUGCAACGAAUAAUUGUUUUAUAUUAACAUUCUGAUUGACUGGAAAUAAAUUCUAAAAAAAAAAUCUAGUGACAACACUGAUUAAAGAAUAAUGGGCAGAUAGAGCGCACGGAACACGAAGGUGUCGUAGUUUCAAAUACGAAAUUCAAAAACGAAUUCAUUCUCGAGUCUGUACGACACGAAGUGUCGCAUUCAGUAAUUUUCAAUAUUAUUCAAGAAAAAUACCGUCUUAUGUUUUUAAAUAUUUUAAAAACUGUUCACAAAAACUAAAAAAAUAAGUGUUUUUUAUUGGUAAUUAUUGAUUAUUAUAUUAAUUUACGUUGAAAUGCAAAUUAUGAAAAAAGUUUGUUUAAGCGGACGUUUGAUUUUUAUGAGUUUUACCGGCUUCAACACGCUGCUUCUAAAUACUCAUUCUGGAUCAUCUUUAUUCUGUGGUUGACAAUUAAAAAGUAUUAUGUACCAGUACCUACCAAGUACAUAAAUAUUCUCAUCUGAAAUUGUUAUGUAAAAACUAUUCAAUCAUCUGAAAAAAAAAUGGUUAUAAACAACUUACACGUAAUUUUAAUGUGUAUAUAUUUUCAUAACAAUGUUCGUGAGAUAAAUUGAAGAUUACACUUGCAUUUCUACAAAGUACUUUUUUUUAAUACGCUGUCCAAGUAAUUCCGGAGAUAGGGCCUGUUACAGCCAGCGCCGGACCGAGGUAAAUUUUAGAAUGGAGCGAGAUCCAAUUAUGGCGCCUUUCGCGCCCGUAAAUUCAUCACAUAAAUUUCUUUUCGAUCUUGUCUUUACCAUUUCGGCGCCCCCUAGGAUUUGGCGCCUGGAGCGACCGCUCCUUUCGCCGUAUGGACGGUCCGGCCCUGGUUACAGCUUCCAGUGAUAAUAAUAAUCCAUAAGAGCCCGCGCAAAAAGAAAAAGUUCCACGUUUUGAGUUCUGCGCAUAGGCUUAUAUAGAGGGGGUGCAGGUGGUCCGUGAUCUAUUUGAUUUAAAGCCGUAUUAUAUCCGAGACGUCAUGAAGUUUGCAUCCGACUAUACAUGAUGAUAUUGGCACACUAUCAGCGUGUUAAAGUUACAUGACAGAAGACGCCGAACUCAGAACUGGAGCUGUCUGCGCGGGCUUAAAAUUGGGAUGACGACUAAGUUUGAAUUUAUUUUUAUGCGAUAUUUGGGAAAAUAAGGUCAUAUCUAAUAUACCUCACCAAAAAUCGUUUAACGUAAUAAGAUGAAAGAUCAUACAUUAUUAGUUUCCUUCUAUUCAUUGUGCCUUUUUAAUUAUGAGAAGUAUAAACAUAAACGCACAAAUGACAAAGAUAUUUGUAAUGUCAAAUCUAAUGAUCUUACAUGAAAGUGACGUCACUAAUGGACCGUAUAUGAGGUGUUUUUAAGUGAUUCUCAGCAGCGCCGGAAAGAUGUCCUUAUAUCUUUGAAUGUAUCUACAGAAUACACGGUUAAUCCCUCAAAAUUGCUUUACUGUUCGCAUACUCUCAAUAUAUGUAUACGUAUAGGUACCUACUUACAUACAAUUUAAAAAAACUUUCGUCAUCCCUAUCAGUGCAGUCAAUGAAUAUAUAAAACAAGCAUAUUUCGGAAGUCUUCAAAAACUGCUUCGAUUUUGAUGAUUUAUUUUUAAAUCAUGUUUUUUUUAUGUUAUUUGAAAUCAGAAACCUUUUUGUGCGGGGACGAAAUGAUUUAUAUUGAUUAAACAAUAAAACGCAAAUGUAUGCAGGAAACUAAUAGACGAAACUAUUUUCUAUCUACUGAUUACUUUGAAGGCGGUGCCAAUGGUACAAUAAUGAGUAGAAUUAUUCAAAUUUUAAACGUCUUCGGAAUAUACUUACCCUUUCCAAUAAAAAAUAGUUAUCAAAAUCGGACCAUUCAAUAAAAAGUUACGCUUGGUUUUACAUUAAAAUUAACGUAUGGGUAAACAAUCAAUCCCCUGUUUUGUAUAACUUUUUUUUUUUAUAAACAAGCAUAACUUUUUAUUGAGCGGUCCGAUUUUUAUUAUUCUUUUUAUUACAAAGAUUAUAUUUUAAAGUUGGUCCUAUAUACAUUUGGAAAAACAAUUGUAAACAGGGUACCAUUGGCACAGCGUUCAGUGAUUCUGAGUAGAUAGCAAAUAUUAUGUUUUCUUUUGCUUAAUAGUUUCCUGCAUAUGUUUGUGAAGUUUUAAGUCUGUAGUAUUUAAUUUUUUAACCGACUUCCAAAACGUUACUACUACGUUCGGCUGUAUGUACCUAUGUUUUUUUUAUUACAUUUUAACUACCUAUUUAUUACAUGAAUAGCAUUCGGUCCCUACUCAAACAACACAGAAAAGUUUCUGAUUUCAAAUAAUGAAAAAAAAACUUAAAAAAAUCAUCAAAAUCGGAGCUGUUGAGGUCUUCGAGGGAAAAUGCCCUAUUGAUUCCACUAUAAAGUCAGGUAAAGAUUUGCGAGUCGAUGUAUUAUUAUUUAAGGUAAGCUGACAUUGUUGUGGCUUAUGGCUGCCUAUAGUGAACACUGUUACAUACAAAGUGUACCUAUUAAUAAUGUAAAGAAAAUGUUGAAGGAUUUUUCUGCCCGCCUCUGUAUGCGCGCAAGCCUUUAAAGAAAUCGAAAUGUCUAUCAAAGAUAAGUAUGGGAUGUUUGAUAAAUUGAUAUUAAAUUCAUUUUUAAGGAUA